AUGCCAGAAACAUCAAACUUGCAAGAGAACCAAAGCACAACAUCAUCUAGUACUCGAAAAUGGCCAAAACUUUAUGCCAAAAAUAUCAUGUCAGAGAUAAAAACUCAACAAAGAUUAACUGUUCCAUUUGCUGUGGUGAACUUGACAUUGUUCCUAAGGAUAGCCAUUACAACAGCGUUUCUAGGCCGGCUAGGAGAGCUUCAGCUUGCCGGGGGCGCGCUUGGCUUCACUUUCGCUAAUGUCACGGGCUUCUCCUUCUUGGUUGGGCUAUGUACAGCCAUGGAACCGAUAUGUGGCCAAGCCCAUGGAGCUAAAAACGUCAAGCUCCUCCACAAGACCCUUCUCAUGGUAAUUAUUUUGUUGCUGCAGAUGACAAUUCCGAUUUCCUUCUUGUGGAUGCAUGUUGAUAAAGUCCUCAUCCAUUUCGGCCAACAAGAAGACAUUGCAAUCGUCGCGAAAAAGUACCUCUUCUAUCUCCUGCCAAGCUUAGGAGUCACCUCAUUACUUUGUCCUCUCAAGUCAUACUUGAGCUCACAAGGCAUAACGCUUCCUAUUGUGCUCAGCUCAACGCUUGCACUUGUUUGUCAUGUCCCCAUCACAAUCUUUCUCUCCAAAGCCAAGGGUCUUGGAGGGGUUUCUAUGGCCUUUUGGAUCAGUGAUCUAAUUAUUUUGAUUAUAAUAGCCACAUUUGUGUUUGUGGUGGAACACAAAAAGGAAGGGAAAUGGAAGGAAGGUGGGUGGUGGGACCAAGGGUUUGAAGAUUGGAAGAAGCUUCUCAAGCUUUCAGGAGCAUGUUGCCUCACAACCUGCCUCGAGUGGUGGUGUUCAGAGAUCCUAGUCCUUCUAUCAGGGAGGCUUCAUAACCCCAAACAAGCAGUUGGGAUCAUAGUAAUCGUGCUAAACUUUGACUAUCUUCUCUACUCUGUCAUCAUUUCCCUCUCUUCUUGUGCAUCAAGCCGUGUGUCGAACGAGCUAGGCGCGAAUAGAUCGGGGCCUGCCCGUUACGCAGCCUAUGUGUCUCUUGAAGUGAGUCUGAUCCUAGGCUUCAUAGGUGGCUUGUUGAUGGUUGCAGCCAGGGGAAGUUGGGGGGCUUUGUUCAGCCAUGACAAGGGGAUUAUAAGAGGCGUGAAGAAGAUGUUGUUGUUGAUGGCUUUGAUUGAAAUGAUGAAUUUCCCUUUAACAGUUUGUGGAGGAAUUGUUAGGGGAACAGCUAGGCCAUGGCUGACUAUGUAUGCAAAUUUUGGGGGGUUUUAUCUCCUGGCUUUGCCUUUAGGGGUGGUUUUUGCCUUUAAGCUUGGGCUUGGGCUUGGUGGAUUAUUGACAGGGUUAUUAAUAGGGGUUGCUGCUUGUCUAGUUCUGCUGUUGGUGUUUGUUUUCAGGAUCAAAUGGGAUAAAGAAGCCGGCAAAGCACAAAUACUUGCCUCGGUUAACGUUCCUCAUGCCUCUGGCUCUGAGAUGAGUAGCGAUGGGGAUCACAAAACGGUAGAGACAGUUGAUAAUCACCAAGUCCGAGAAUAA